AGGAUGAUAUGGAAGAAUUUAGCUUGACGGUGCAGAGGUACCGGCCGGAGGAACUGCACAAGCUGGCUAAGACCACCAGGUUCACUAAGAAGGAGAUACAACUUAUAUACCGAGGUUUUAAACAGGAGUGCCCUACGGGUUUAGUGGACGAGGAAGGCUUCAAGAGCAUCUUUGACCAGUUCUUCCCUCAAGGAGAUGCCAAGCAAUACGCUCACUAUGUCUUUAAUACCUUCAAGCAGAAUAAUCAUGGUCAAAUCAGCUUCGAGGACUUCCUGGGAGCUCUGUCAACUGUGUCCCGAGGUUCCACACAAGAGAAGCUACAGUGGAUCUUCGGUCUGUAUGACGUUAAUAACGACGGUCUCAUCACCAAGUCUGAGAUGGUUGAUGUUGUGACUGCCAUAUACCAAAUGAUGGGUCGAGCCACCGAGCCUCUGGUCGAGGACCACUCUGCCAAGGACCAUGUUGAUAAGAUCUUCCAUGUGAGAUUUGAUAUGAAGAUGAAAGAUAAAGAUGAUGGUGGGUGGGAUGAGAUGAUGUGA